AUGGAAUUCGCCAACGGAGGGGAGCUGUUCACGCAUCUGCAGAAGAGCGGUACAUUCAGUGAAGCGCGUUCACGAUUUUACGGAGCGGAGAUUGUGCUUGCUCUGGGAUAUUUGCACAGUCUUUCGAUUGUCUAUAGGGAUAUGAAGGAGCUGAAAUACUCGUUCCAAACGGCUGAUCGUCUAUGCUUUGUGAUGGAAUUCGCUAUUGGCGGUGAUCUGUAUUACCAUCUGAAUCGUGAGGUACAAACCUCGAAAGAGGGCUUCUCGGAGCCGCGAGCUCGAUUCUAUGGUGCCGAGAUUGUAUUGGCACUUGGUUACCUUCAUGCAAACAACAUCGUCUAUCGCGAUCUAAAG